UAGACAUUGUGUGCAUCAAUCAGAGGAGGAGGACCUGGUGUCUGUAAUGGUGGAUAUUAUUCAUCAUGUGACCUGUUCAGAGUCUGUGCGGCUUGUGGAUGGAGCUGGUCUCUGCUCUGGGAGAGUGGAGGUGAAGUCCAAUCAGUCCUGGGCCUCAGUGUGUGAAGCUGACUUUGACCGGCAGGAUGCAGAGGGAGUCUGUGGGGAGCUUGGCUGUGGGGCUCCUGCAGCUCUACAGGGGGGGCUCUAUGGAGGAGGUGACGGUCAGACCUGGGAUAAAGAGUUCAAGUGUAAAGGCAAAGAGUCCCUUCUCCUUGACUGUGACACCUCAGACAGAAAACACAACACCUGCCUACCUGGUAAUGCUGUUGGACUCACCUGCUCAGAGCCUGAUGAUGUGAGGCUGGUGGGAGGAGGCAGUCGCUGUGCUGGUGGAGUGGAGUGGUACGACCAGGGAGAGUGGAGGACUGUGGGAGCUGACUGGAACCAGGAGGAUGUAGCUGCUGUAGUGUGUAGACAGCUGGGUUGUGACUCCACUGUUUCAGUACCACCUGGAAACACCACUAGAGGGUUCGGAGUUCAAUGUUAUGGGUCUGAGUCUUCACUGAGGGAGUGUUCUAGAAGUUAUUAUCUCCUUCCUGGACUCACAGUGAUCUGCUCAGAUCUCCUGGUCCAGCCUGAUAUCUCCCUGACUGACUCAAUGGGAGGGGCUCCAGGGGCCACCAGGGGCCGAGUGUUCGGGGUACAGCUUCACCAUCACCUGCUCCACUCAGCCACAGUACCCAGGAGGCUCCUUCCUCCUCACGUUCACCGGCUCCAACAGAACCCAGACCCAGCCAGCUAUUUCCCACAGAUCUAUGUGAUGAUGAUCAGUCCCCUCAUCAAAGGUGUUUCUGUUGGCAGCCUCUCCUCUGCCAGCCUCUCAUGA